GCACUUAUUUCGAGUAUGGCGUGUAGUGACCACGUGUUGUCCUAUGUGAAUUAUAACCUAUUAUAACUACGUUGUCGUUAUACCGUAUCUUGACUUUUUAAAUAAUUAAUCGAGAUUUUUAGAUAUAAUUGCUUGCAAUGUUUGAUAAAAAUUUGUUAAUUUUUUGUGAGCGAAAUGAAAAAUAUAAACAGAGAUUCUCGUCUUCUGGGGAACUUGAUAAACUCGAACCUGACAGAAUUUUGGAAAUAUUAUGUGAAUUUUUGAUGCAACCAGAGUGUAUAAAAGAUGUGGCUGAUUGUUUUCCUGAAUUAUUACCAGCACUUAUUUCAAUGGCGAUACUUGAAAAUGAUAUAUUAUCAUAUCCAUUAAGUGAUAGAAAUAAUAUUCAUAGAUUAAACUGUGUCAUCUUAGGCAUGCUUGUUAAUUUUAAUCAAGAUUUACUAGUAUUUGUUUUACGUUACUUUGAUGUUAAUCCAGCACCAUAUGAGUCUCUCGAUGCAUAUUUUUACUUCAAUGCACCCCCAAAAAAACGAAAUAAAAAACAAUUAUUAUAUAGUAUUUCAGAAGUAUCUGACUAUAACAUUGUUAUUGCAUGUCACAAUAUUUUGCAGUCAGCCGUCAAUUAUUUUGUACGCAAAUGGCAUUGGUUUAAAUUGUACACGUAUUUAACAAAUGCAGAUGACAGAGUGAAGUGGAUUGCCUUGAAAUGCUUAGCAAUAAUUUUGGAUAUGUCAGAAGCAAGAAGACUGUGCCUCGCACAACAAUUCAUUCCAAACUUUGAAAAAUUUCUGACUGAUUAUGAAAACAAGAAUAUAAAUACUCAAAUUGCUUGUGCGAACUUUAAAUCAAUGAAAGAUACAAUUAAGAAUAUUUCAUCUAUUGUAUCUGUUGGUGAUAUUUUGCUACCAAUUUCUAGCAAAAAUCAGACAACUUAUGGUUUAUUACCAGUCACUUCUACAAGAAAAAAUUUACAAAAUCUGGCUAUAGCCGUUGGCUCUAGGAAGUGUAUUUGUUUGCAAGGACCAGUCGGCUGUGGCAAAACCGCUCUGGUGGAAUAUUUAGCUAGAGUUACCGGACAUGAUAUGUCAAACUUUGUCAAAGUACAGUUGGGAGAUCAGACUGACUCGAAGAUGUUAUUGGGAAUGUACAGAUGUACCGAUGUGCCUGGCGAAUUUGUUUGGCAACCGGGUGUUUUGACGCAAGCGGUUGUUGCUGGCAAAUGGUUGCUUUUGGAAGACAUAGAUAGUGCUGCUCUGGACGUGGCCAGCGUUCUUAGUAAUUUAAUAGAAACAGGAACCCUUUGUGUGCCCGGCUAUCGCGAGACUAUUUACACCAACAGUGGAUUCCAGUUGUUUGUCACUCAACAAUUGAUGAUGUCUGCUACAGGCAUUCAGAGACAUGUCACAGGAUCUUCGAGUUUAUUGCAGAAACAUUGGCUGUGUCUAAACGUAGAGCCGCUAUCCAAGAAUGAAUUAGUCACUAUAGUACAAACAAUUUUUCGCCCAUUAAGUACGAUUGCUACUAGAAUAGUGGAUGUGUUCUUGCUGUUUUCCGUAGGAGAUCACGAUGAAAGUAGCGCAAAUGAUGCUACAUUGUCUCUAAAAAUUGGACGCCAGACGUCAACACGUGAUUUGAUAAAGUGGUGUUCCAGAGCUAUCGUCAAUUUUGACGUAUCAUCGCCGGAUUCUGCGUUAAAGAUAUAUCAGGAUGCUUUAGACAUCUUUUGUUGUUCUGUUCCUAAUCAAGUGCAACGAUUAAACUUGGCGAUAGCAGUGGCUGAAAAACUAGGCAUUGUAAAGACCAAAGCGGAAUACUUCUGUGACUUACAUAAGCCUUCUAUAUCUUUGCUUCCUAAUGUUCUAAUAUCGGGCAGAGCAAAGUUAACUCGCAAAAAAGCGGAAUAUGUGACAUUUGAGAGAGACAAUACCAGAUUCUUUUUUACAAGACCUUCCGCAUGCUUGCUAGAGCGCAUAGCCAGCUGUGUCAUGCAAAAGGAACCUGUGCUACUGGUCGGCGAGACUGGUACCGGAAAGACGAGUUCGGUACAAUAUUUGGCGAAAAGUACUGGUUAUAAGCUGACGAUAAUAAAUAUGAACCAGCAGAGCGAAAGUGCGGAUUUAUUAGGCGGCUAUAAACCGGUUGAUUUGAAAUUUUUGAUCCGGCCGAUUCGAGAGGAGUUCGAGUUCAUGUUUCGCAAUUUUUUUGUGGUCGAAUCGCGAAACAAGUUGGUUUUGAAGCAUAUCGGUCUGUUUUACCAAGAACAAAAGUGGAAGUCUCUUAUUGAAGUGAUGAGGCACAUUACGCUCUGCGCUGUGAAAAAAUUGAGAGACAAGUGCAAAAAAUAUUUCGAAGAUGAUCAAGUUACAUUACAGAAAGACGUAUCAAAAUAUUUGGAACAAGAUAAAAAAAUUCGGCAGAAGUAUAUCAAUGAUAACGAGGCUCAAAUCAAAAUAGACAUGCUACGAAAAUGGGAGAGAAUGCAGGAAAAAUUAGAUAAGCUGAGAGUUCAAGUGAAGAACGCGCUGGCCUUUUCGUUUAUAGAAGGCAGUUUGAUCAAAGCUUUGCGUAAUGGCUAUUGGGUUCUCCUGGAUGAGAUCAAUCUGGCGAACGCGGAGACGCUGCAAUGCCUUUCUGGUUUGCUGGAGGGUUCCUCGGAAUCACUGCCGUUGCUUGAACGCGGAGAUGAAGAGCCUGUGAAGAGACAUCCCGACUUCACGAUAUUUGCCUGUAUGAAUCCGGCCACAGAUGUCGGCAAGAAAGACCUGCCGGUUGGCCUGAGAAACCGAUUCACCGAAUUCUACAUCGACGAGUUGAUCCAAAAGCCAGAUCUUCGAUUGCUGGUGAGUUCUUAUUUAGAGAGCCAGAAUCUGUCAUUGAAUAUACAUGAGGCAAUCGUAAAUUUCUACUUGAAUGUGAGGGAACAAGCUAUAAGUACGCUGUUCGACGGCACAGCACACAAACCGCAUUAUAGUUUGAGGACGCUGUGUCGCGCACUGUACAUCUCCGCAUCAAAUCCUUGCGGCAACAGCUUGAGGUCCCUCUAUGAAGCAUUCUCUCUAAGUUUCUUAACGCAGUUGGACUACAACUCGUAUCCGAUCGUGCAGAAAAUGAUCGUGAAGGCUAUCCUGAAUAAUAAGAACGUCAAAGCAAUCCUUAACACUCCCAUUUCGAAGCCACAAUGUCCUGGAGAAGAGUACAUCCAGGUCGAAGGUUAUUGGGUUCCGCAAGGACACUUAACGCCUGAAACACCUAGCAACUACAUACUAACUGAUUCUGUUCGAAGAAAUUUGAAGGACUUGGUAAGAGUGGUGUCAAUUGGUAAAAUUCCAGUUUUACUACAAGGCGACACGUCGGUGGGAAAGACUAGUUUGAUCACAUAUUUGGCGAAAAUCACGGGACACGUUUGUGUUCGAAUAAACAAUCACGAGCAUACAGAUUUACAAGAGUACAUCGGGAGUUACAUGGCGGACGAGACUGGAAAAUUGGUGUUUAAGGAAGGUAUUUUAGUUGAUGCGAUGCGCAAAGGACACUGGAUUAUUUUGGAUGAGUUAAAUUUAGCCCCGAGCGACGUCCUGGAGGCUUUAAAUCGAGUUCUGGACGACAAUAGAGAAUUAUUCAUACCUGAGACGCAUGAAGUUGUGAAAGCGCAUAGAUAUUUUAUGCUGUUUGCGACGCAGAAUCCUCCCGGACUUUACGGCGGUCGAAAAAUUUUAUCUCGUGCGUUCAGAAAUCGAUUUGUAGAAUUACAUUUCGAUGAGAUACCACCGAACGAACUGCAGAUAAUACUCGGCAAAAGAUGCAGCAUGCCCGAAUCGUAUUGCAAGGAAAUAAUUAACGUGAUGACGGAUCUUCAGAUAAGGCGUAAAAGUACAGCGGCUUUUGCUGGCAAAAAAGGAUUUAUAACGUUGCGAGAUCUGUUUCGUUGGGGCGAGAGAUAUAGACUGGCGGACGACGUGGGCAAACUGUACGAUUGGCGUCAACAUCUAGCGGACGAGGGCUACCUCGUUCUCGCGGCUAAAGUUCGCAAAGCGGAAGAAGCGGACCAAAUAAGACAAGUGAUAAAAAAGCAUUUGAAGAGAGACGUGGAUCCUGAUAGCUUGUUCACUUUGAACGAUAAGACUUCACCUGUAACGAGGCAUAUAUUGGAGAAAAUUUUGAACAACAGCGUCCCAGGCUUCGACCAUAUUGUGUGGACUUAUCAUAUGCGCAGAAUGGCGGUAUUAGUGAAAAAAUCCUGUCAAUUCAAGGAGCCGGUGUUGCUAGUCGGAGAGACUGGCGGAGGCAAAACUACAAUCUGUCAGCUUAUUGCCGCUAUUAAUGGACAAACUAUGCAUAGCGUGAACAGCCACAUGCAUACCGAGUCGUCCGAUUUCCUGGGAAAUCUGCGACCCGUGCGAGAACAUGUUGAGGAUGAUCAACGACUCUUUGAAUGGGUGGACGGCCCUCUGAUAAACGCUAUGCGCAACGGCGAUCUAUUCUUAGCCGAUGAAAUUUCGCUGGCUGACGAUAGCGUUUUGGAGAGAUUAAAUUCAUUAUUGGAACCGGAGCGAAGUCUUUUGUUGGCUGAGAAAGGGAUAGAUAGUUCGCAUGAUGAUGAGAACACCGUGAUUGUAGCGGAUGAGAAAUUUGUGUUCAUCGGCACAAUGAAUCCCGGCGGAGAUUACGGUAAAAAGGAGCUUUCGCCGGCCUUGCGGAACCGCUUCACGGAGAUAUGGUGCGAGGGAUGUAUGACUAAGAAUGACUUGCAUGAUAUAAUAGUGCACAAUCUUCGCAUAGAUUCUCAAACUACAAAGGAGGCCAUUGCCACUGCAAUCUUGAGAUUUACCGAAUGGCUGCACACCACCGAAGUGGGCAAAAAGCUCGUCGUAAGCAUACGAGAUAUGCUCACUUGGGUCGAUUUCAUAAAUAGGUGCACUUGCAGCGCGGUCUUGUCAAAACUCACAAUUGCAGAAGUCUAUUAUCACGGUGCUUGUCUCACGUAUAUCGAUAGUCUUGGAUCUGGCUCUACAAGUUCAGAGAACGUUAAUAAAUUGAAGAACUUUGCAGAAGCUGCUAUUCGAUUUAUUAAAUCAGUGAGUGAAGAUACAAUAAAAACUGAGUUUAAUAUAGAGACUUUUGUCGUGAAGGAAAAAGUUGAAAAUGCUUUGAAUGUAUUUGGAGUGCCACCAUUUUACAUCGAAAAAGGCCCGCUUUGCCAAGAUUGCGAAUUUACAUUCACGACUCCCACUACAAAACUAAAUACGUUAAAACUGCUAAGAGCGUUGCAGCUGAAUAAACCGAUUUUGUUGGAAGGAAGUCCGGGUGUAGGGAAAACCAGUCUUGUUUCUGCUCUAGCAAAAGCUUCAGGACACACUUUGCUUAGAAUCAAUUUAAGCGAUCAAACGGACAUAUCCGACCUGUUUGGUGCCGAUCUCCCCGUAGAAAACGGGAAAGGCGGUGAAUUUGCAUGGCGAGAUGGACCAUUUUUGCGAGCUUUACGAGCGGGACAUUGGAUUCUAUUGGAUGAGUUGAACUUGGCAUCUCAAUCGGUCUUGGAAGGUCUCAACGCGUGCUUUGAUCAAAGAGGAGAGAUAUACAUUCCCGAAUUGGCGAAGACUUUCUUAGUUAAGCCAGGCACAAGAUUGUUUGGCUGUCAGAAUCCUCUGCGCCAAGGAGGGGCCAGGCGAGGAUUACCGAAGUCCUUUUUAAAUAGAUUCACUCAGAUUUCUGUAGAUGCAUUAAUGGAGGACGAUUUAAAAUUUAUACUUAAUCUGCAAUUUCCACAACUUUCUGCGGCUUUGAUAAAAAAUAUGGUACAGUUCAACAACAAAUUAGCCUCAGAAGCUGGAUUUGUAUGGGGACAUGCUGGAUCGCCUUGGGAAAUGAAUUUACGAGAUAUUACUCGCUGGUGUGAAAUGACUAUUCAAGCUGCUGCUAACAAAUUUUGCAGCAAUAAACAAUAUUUUAAUCCGGGUGACACUGUGGAGCUUAUUUAUGUUAAUAGAAUGAGAACUAAUGAAGACCGGCAAAAAAUCUAUCGAAUAUACAAAGAAAUGUUCUCGCUUGAGGAAUAUCCACUCCCACCUAAUCAGUUGCCCAUGCAUAUCACGGCGGACAAACUUUUUAUUGGCGAUGUGACGUUAGACCGGAAAAAUUGCAGUACACACGAAGACUGCAAUUUAUUAGUGCUCAGAGAUCAGAAAACUGCAUUGAAAAGUCUCAUGCAAUGCGUCAAAAUGAAUUGGAUGUCUAUACUUGUCGGUGGUCCUGGUUGCGGAAAGAGCAACGUGGUUCGUUUACUUGCUACUUUGACGGGGCAGAAACUGAAGUCAAUAGCUGUGAAUUCUGCGAUAGACACGACGGAAAUAUUAGGUGGCUUCGAACAGACGGACUACAAUCGGCAUUUGGAGCAAUUAUUCGAGCGCAUGGCGACUCUGCUUAUCGACAGUUUGCAAAUGAAGAUAACUGUCGAGAAAUUGGAUCAAGUUGCCAAGCUUCAUGAACAUCUGGAACAAGUACGACACCUAUUCGACGAAAACGUCGCCGGCAGAACAAUGGCCGCGGAAACCAAGCUGUUCUUACAUAAAAUCGAGGAAAUGUCGAAGUUAGUUUCGACGAUGAAGCUCUGGAUACCUUCUCACAAGUCGGAACUGCAAGAUAUCGAGUCGGGAUUGCGGAAUUUGUCGAGUUUCGUCAAGAAGGACGAUUGCCUAAAUGCAGGCGGAAAGUUCGAAUGGGUGGACAGUGUAUUAGUAAAGUGCUUGCAAGAUGGUACUUGGCUGCUCAUCGACCAGGUUAAUCUAUGCAGCCCCGCUGUAUUAGACAGGCUUAAUGGCCUGUUGGAGCCAAACGGUGUUCUUAGUAUCGGCGAACGAGGUGUUGAUAGCGAAGGCAAUGUCGUUACUAUUAAACCGCACGAAAACUUCCGUCUAUUUCUAACCAUGGAUCCCCGAUACGGUGACAUUUCCAGGGCUAUGCGUAACAGAGGCGUCGAGAUUUACAUGCUCGGUCCGAAGGAGAACAUGGAUUACAACGCGAUCGAUCUCAAAUCUCUGCUGUUUAACGCCGGCAUCGCAAGAUCGGCAUAUCGCGAUGUGUUACUUGAGAUCCACAACAUGAUGUCGGAGGAAAUCGUCGCUGCGGAUCGGAUCAGCACGAUCGAUCUGUUGCACGCCGCGUUCUUAGUGAAGCGGCGAUUGCUGCGAGGAUUCUCCGCGGAGCAAUCGAUCAGGAACGCGUGUAUUGAUGUCUACGUCAAAGCCAAAUUGACGCGAGAUCCGCGAUUUAAGGAACAACUGAUUUCUCUGAUCGAUGAAAUCAUCGAACGACACAUCACGCACGACGAAGAAAUUUCGGUGAUCGAUUUGGACGCCGCUACAUGGAACGUGAAAAAUCUGCAAGACAAUUCGAAGCUCACUAUAAUCAGACAGCAAGGUUUAUUGUUGAACGCGGCUGUGAAAAUGCACGAAUUGCGUCUAAAAUCUAAUUCGAAUGAUAUUAGAAAUACCAUGACAACUAAGUUGUUAAAUGAUUUCUGCGGUUUUACAGAGAAUUUUUACGACCAUUUUGUGUUAAAUAUCGACGUAGCUGACGUAUUGCCAUAUUUUCUGUUACAUUUUUACGAACAAUCUUCGCUAGAUGAUGCGUCACUGAGAAGCGCGUGGCUUUCAAAGAUGCUACGAGAAAAUGCAAUAUUUAACGUAUUUGAAAAACACAGUUCGUUAAUGAUGAACUUAAUCGUGCUAUUUCGCUUCCGAUCUGCAAAUGUGGAAAGUUCGCUGCCCUGGGAUUUGCAGCAACUCGUUGGGAACACGAUAUAUGAUGAGAACGAGACUGCUUACAGCGACGCGAAUAAAUUGGCACUAUUGCUGUACACAUACAGUAUGAUAUUUGAAAAUAAUAGGGUGCUAAUGAAAGCGUCGGAAAUAUUGGAGAACGAAAAUUUGAUAUCUGUCAGAAAAUACUGCAGCACUGUAGAUGAAGGUACAUUGCUUUGGCAAUUAGGCGACAAGCCGCUUAUAAGGAAAUUCACACAAUUGCUUGUGUACGUGAAUUCCUGCAUCGAGACGAUUCUACGAGACGACAGUGUAAGCAUAAAUGUCGAAGAGUACGUCGAGCUGAGGAAAGAAUUGAAGUGGCUUGCGAGAUUUGAAAGGCUGGGUGAAAUGACGCUCGUAGACAAGUCAAAUAAAUCCAAGGGCGUGUUCACGAACCUCGAGCAGAUCUCUUCGCUGUUGUUAGUGCACUACAAGUGGCUGUUGAAAUUCCUACGCAAACUGUUCGCAAGAAAGAGGUCUUCGAGCGAGAAGAUAACUUGCGAGAUCGAGCUGUUGUCGGAAGUUUUGAACAAUCUAAACAACCAAUUGAUAACGAUUCACGAUCCUAUGAAAAAGAUAGCGAAGAGGAUUAAGAAACACCUGAGACUCCCGCCGCCCCAUUCUACAGAGCUCUGCAUGCAGGUGCACUCAAGACUGAGAAAAUUAACAAAAGAUUUCAGUGUGAAGGACGAAGGUGUGAGUGUCCUGAAGCGAGAGCUCAAGCUCGUGUCCGUGCAGCUGAAGGAUGCGCCGGCGAUGCGAUAUCAAAUGAUCUCUCUGUGGAGCGACGUUUACUCCGAGGAAAUAAUCGGCGACGAGACCGCGGAAGCAGCUCUGCAGACUAUUCUCGAGGUGGAGCGAUUCUGCGACGACAGCCACAUUCGUCUGCGAGUGCCUGCGGAAAUCGAGAGCGUUCUGAGCAGAGUACGCUCACUUCCGGCAAAGGAAAUGACGCAGCUGAACGUAAGGAUACAGCUGUGGCCGAUCUACGAGUACGUGUUUCUGUCGCUCGCCGGCGUUCUUCAGUGUGAGAUAUAUGAGGAUGCGGAAACGACUUCCGCUGUCACGGUGGCGGGAUGCCUCGCGAGGUUCGCGGAUGUGCCCGGUAUACCGAGCGAUCUGAUGGGUCUGUUGAGCGCGAUGACUCGAGUGGAUGUCACGCUAGAAGAAAAGUACUUGCUGCUGCCGGAAUUGUUCUACCGGCUUGCGCAAUUCGUCCAGCAGUCUUACGCCAUCAAGGAUACGAGUUGUCUUUUGCACUGGAGCGGUGUGACGGAGGAUGCGGAGGAAUCGGUAACUUCUUACGUUCAACCCAAGAUGGAAUGUUACUUCGAUGGACCCAUCCUCUUGAAUCUAAUACUGCAGUUAAUGUUGCGCAAAACAAAUCGAGAGAAGGAGAAGAAUGCUCUCUCCACGGUCGCGCUCGGAACAUACGCGGCGCAAACGGAUCAACUGCAGUUACUGAGCGAGAUCUUAUGGCGCAACAGUGUUUCGUUAACAAGCAAACGAUACGAUUUGGCCAGCAACGAUGUAGCAACGUUGACGUUUUAUUUAGACUUGUACUUGUCUGCGAUCGACAGAGUGAACGACAGGCAUGACAUUCGCAAUCUGAUUACGAUUAUACAGAGACAAGGCAAUAACGCGACAACAAUAGAACAGAAGUUGCAACUCGAUUAUUUGCAACCGGUGGAGGAACUGCGUGAAGCAUACGAAGAAAUAAAUACCAUUGACGAGAAGAAUGUCGGCGAAGAGGAACGUGUUCUUCGGCGAGGGAAAGCGUGGAUGUUGCUCGGUUAUAUUCAGUCGUCGGUUUUUGGAAAUUUAGAUCUGAUCGAUCCCGUACACAAAGUGCAGCUGAAGCUUGAAUACCUCGAAGAGGACAUUGCCGAUUACAAAAAAGCAAUAUACGUCGCAAUGUUGCAGAGUCGCGUUCUAGGAAUAUCAGCCGAUGACCAACACCUUCAUCCGAGAAUCGCCGCCAUGCAAAAUUACGCGAAGCGCUUGCAUCAGUCGCGUUGCGUCAAACAAUUGAGAUAUUCGGGGGCGUUCAGAUCACCGCUCGUCGACUUCGCCUCGCUUAGAACGGACAGUGUCAAUUUCAGGAACAAUGUGGGUUCUUACAAAGUCAUGAAGAAACAAAUGAACAACUUGUGCACGAUCGCGUACGAAAUCCAUUCAGGACGUUACACAACAGACGUUCAGACGAAUUUGCAAGAAGCGGAAAUCUGGAGCUUGUCGAUUCAGCGAUUCGCCGAGCAGAUCGAGACGAAGUAUCUGUCGGGUUUCCCGGACUUGGUUCUUCCGCUGCUGACGGCUCUGGCUCAACUGAAUCACGGCGUUCGCAUUCUGAUUAACGAAAUCCGGCGACUGACGUCACUACAAAAUCUCCGUAGAAGCGGAGUGACCGAUCUCGAUUCUUUGAUUUACAAUCUAAUUCGUUUCCCGACAAUCGGCCGACAGCAGGAGAAUCUUUUGAGCCUAAGCAGUUUGUGCGUUUCGGAAAACACGAGGAGUCUAAUUAGCAAAAGCUUUUGUCAGACGGACGCGUUUGUCAGAAUGCAGGAACAGUUCCGGAUAUUCAAGUCGGGUCUGUACGAGCUGCACAAUCACGUGAUUCUCAACAAAAAUCUAACCAAAUCACUAUGGCGGAACGUGAACGAGCUGCUGCAGCAGAUGGUUCUCAUCUGGAAACAACAGCAACAGGAAGAGGAAAAGCGUGUCGCGGAAAGAGACAGUCUGUACAAGAACAAGACUGAAAGUUGCGGCGACACGCUGACGGAAGAAGAGGAGCUCGCUCUGGAAGUCCGCAAGUUGUUCCCCACGCAUCGUGAAAAGGACUUUCACGAUGUCGAAGACAGUUCGAAGGCUUCCCUCGGCCGGAAGAACGCGUCGCCGGAGUCGUGCGAGGCGAAUUUCAGCUUCAGCGGUCUCAUCACCAAGGACGACAUCGCGGAAAUCCAGCAGAUCCACUCGAACAUCGUCACGUCCUUCAUCGCGUCCAAGUGGAUGUGCAACAGUCCCGCCUCGACGACCUCGACAAACUACGUCGGACCUCUGAUUCAAAGGUACAACACGGUGCACGCGAUGCUCGACGAUGUACUGCCGAGUCUAAGCGGCAAAGUCGCGAUCAAAUUGUACAACAGCCUGAGCCUGCUGGUCGCCUUGGGACUGCAAACAAAUCGGGAAACGAGCACGGGUCGCGUCUCGUGGGAAAAUUGCGGCGGGCGCGCAAAAGCGUACAAUUUUUACAAGGAUUGCGACGCGGAGGAAGUGAAGCAGUGCCUGCCACUGUGCGAGAACAUCCUGAAUCGCACCGAUCAGCUGCUGGAGGAGUGGCCGGACCAUCCGACGCUGCGAUCAAUACGGUGUAUAAUAGAUAGACUCUACACGUUCCCGAUCACCUCGCCCGUCUCCAGAUUUCUCACCGGUCUGGAGUUGCUGCACGCCAAGGUGCACGAGUGGGAACAGAACGCACACAGAGGCGUCAGUAUGAUGGAUCACGUAUCGGCGUUGACGCAACAGAUAAUAUCGUGGAGGAAGCUGGAGCUGUCAUCCUGGAAGGGCUGCCUGGACGCGACGUACGAAGAUCUCAGAUCGGACACGUCCAAGUGGUGGUUCUUCUUGUACGCGCUGGUCGAGAGUUACAUCACGAGGUCCACGAAGGACGACGCCGAGCUCUUCACUAGACAGAAGCUGAUCGAAUCGCUGGAGCGUUUCAUGAACGAGUCGUCUCUCGUCGAGUUCGAGUCACGGUUGAAUCUCUUAUUGACCUUCCACUGUCACGUGUAUUACUUCGAGGACAGUGACGACAGGAACGAGCUCUCGGCUAUAUUAUGGAACAUGUACAAUUAUUACAAACAGUUCGUGGACGACGUAAACGCGCGGAUCGCCGCUUUGAAGGCGCCCAUCGAGAGGAAGCUGAAGGACUUUGUCAAGAUUGCGCGAUGGAAUGACUUCAACUACUGGGCGGUGAAAGAAGCGGUCGAGAAGACGCACCGCAGCCUGCACAAGUUUGUAAAGGAAUUCCAAGACGUGCUCAAGCAAAAUGUGUCUUCUUGCUUGAUCGUAAAAUCAGGCUCUUACGUCGCGGAGAUUAGCAAGGACGAUCAGAAUCACCGAAAAUACGCGAUAAGCCCUGAAGACUUUACUGUAACGAAACUUUCACAAUUUACGGACGUGAAAACGCUGUUCACAAGCGGACUCGUCGUCAAAGCGGAAGCGCUGUUGACGAAAGCCAAGCAGUUGUGCAAGAAGAUAAUCCUAAUAAGUUCUUAUCCGUACAUUCGCUCAGAGCUCGAGCACUUGCAGAAGUCGCAGGCGAAGAGCAUCCUGCCAAAGAAGAUGACGCUCGCUAAUUACUUUAAGACGCUGACGCGCAUGGGCGUAUCCUAUCGCACUGGCGUGCUGACGCUGAAGAACAGCGCGGACAAGGUGAUAGACUUCACUGUGUCACCCUUGGAUCUGUCCGCGAUCGACCGGUACUUCAGGCUGAAGAAGAUCGAUCAGCACGCACUGCUGCAGUGGCAGGGCUGCGAGAAAUAUUACUACAAGUCGCUCAUCAGGCUGAAUGCUCUCAACGCGAUGCUCAACACAAGCCGGACCGACCUCGGACUGCAGAACAUAGAACGUUGUCGAGGAUAUUCCGCGCACAUGAUGCUGAUGGCGCACCGACAGAAAACGACGAUUGUCCAGUCGUUCGAUCGAUUCUCCUCGCUUCGCGUGCAGAUUUCAAAUCUGUCCGAGACGCGCGAGCAGGAUUCGAGUGUCUCGAAGCAACGCGAGGGCCGAGAGUGCGCCGAGGGCCUGAAGACGUUGCUCAUCACGCUGGAGACCGGAUUUGAGCAGUUGCUGCUGUUUCUGCAAUGCUGCCCCGCGGAAUCGCCGUCUGAACCGAACAGAGCUGUGCUCACGUUGAACACGAACGCGCUUCCCGUAAUCGCCGCCUCUCGAAACGACGAAGUUUGGAGAAAUGCGAACGUCCUGCUGAAGGACAGCCUGGAUUGCAUACAAGUGAUCGCGAAACGCUUCCAUGCCUUAUUUGUGCCGUUCCAAGUGCUAUCGGCGGAUUAUUCCGAACAUUCCAUCCGUGCUUCGUUCUUAAGUUCGAAGCACUUCGAAUUAUUGGCGGAAUGCUGCGCGACGAUCGAAGUUCUGAGAAAACGGUCUAAAGAAUUGGAACAGUUAUUUAAGAAUGCGGAUGUUGCGCAUCCUAUCUGCGAACAUAUAGUGUUCUUAGACGCGAAGAUGGAAUGCUUCCUUCGUAAUUAUGAAAAAUUGCGAAGGCUCGCGGAAAUCGAGAGUGGGAAGCAAUUAAAAGAGAAUGAUAACGAUAUCAAACAGUAUGAGUUAGCUCUAGAACAAUUAAUAAGCACGAUAUUACUUGUCAUACAGAAGAAAUAUAAAAAUCACAUUAAUUUGAACGACGACGUGACACAUUCAAAUGAACAGUUGAAUAAUAAUGAAAAUGAUAAUGAUAACGAGGAGGAAGAAAUCGAAGAAAACCAAAUGAGCGAGAAACUUGUUGAAUUCCUUGAAAAGGAUAUAACCGAAUUGAAGUUGUCUACAAUAUCCGAAUCAUUUUCCAAUCUUUUGCUAUCGUUGAAUCAAUUCGACCUACAAUCAGCGAAUUAUUGUAUCAGAUUGCUCCUAAAAUGUUUGCCACUGCUGGAACAAUAUAUUUUGCUCGCCCAGUUUUAUUUAAACGAGCAAGUGGCAUCGUUUCGCAUUACAUGCAAAAUGCUGUAUUUGCAAUUGAGUGUCUUCUUAGACCUGGCUGCAAAUGGAUUCUGUGUGCCAAAGGAUUUAGAUCUCGAGGAGGGCGAGACGGACGAAUCAGGCGAGAAGACGGAGAAGGGCGGGAUGGGUUUAGCCGAUGGCGAAGGAACAAAGGACGUCUCCGACAGAAUAGAAUCCGAGGAUCAGCUUGAGGAAGCGAAACCCGCCGGUCAGGAGCAGGAAAAACAAGAUGAUAAAACUUGCAAGGAAGAGGAGAAGGGCAUCGAUAUGUCCGAGGAUUUCGACAGCAAGCUUCAAGAUAUGGAGAAGGGCGACGAAGAUGAAGAACAGAGCGACAAUGACGAAGAGAACGAUCUGGACAAGGAAAUGGGAGAGACGGGCGAAGGCGCGGAGCAGUUAGACAAGGAAAUAUGGAAUGACGAUGAGGAGGAAUCGGAAGAGGAUGACCAACAGCCGGAAAAUGAUGAGGACGAAAAAGAGGGCACGGGCGAGCAAAUCGGUGAGAAGGAAAUGGGCGCGAAGAAUGACGAAGACAAGAAGAAGCAGCACGACGAUAACGACACGGAUCGCGAGGAAAGUCAAGAGGAAAAUAAAAAAGAAAUAAACGAACUAGAGGAACCCGAAGUGGAUGAAGACCAAAUUAAUCCUUAUCACGGCAAGUUCCAGCCCCCACCGGAACCCGAACCGCUCGAGUUGCCGGAAGACAUAAAUUUGGACGAUGAGGAAGGCAAGGAAAACAACGGCGGCGAAGAGGAGAAUCCAUUCGACAUCGAUGAGAUGAAAGAUUCACACCCGCCGCCGGAGAAGCAGCAAGAUACGGAAGUUGAAAAGGAAGCUGACGGGAAUAAAGAAAACGAUGAGGAAGAUUCUAGCGAAGAUGAGGAUGGAAAUAUGAACACGGACGGACAAGAAACACGGGAAGAACCGGAAGGCGAUAACGAAAAGGAAGAGAAAAGUGGGGAGGGCGCGGAAGCCGAGAACAAAGACGAGGAACAGAAUCAGGAUGAAGAGGAGAAGCUGCAGGAAAAGGCGGCGCCGAGUGCAAAUGAUGCGAGCGAGCAAAUGGAUGCUGCGCAACAAGUUGAGGAAGCUGCAGAAGGUUCGCGGGACACGGUGGCGCAACAGCCGGACGCGAAGAAUCAACAGGAAGCAUCGGCCGAGAACACUCAAGAGGACAGCAGCGACAAAGGCAGCGGCCAAUCGCAGUCGGUGCAGCAAGAAAGCGGACAUAGCGGUUCGUCCAAGCAGGAGACCGUGUCAGCUCCGAAGAGAAACGCGAUGUCGAAACCGAACGAAAAGAGGAAGAAUCCGGGCGAGAGCAGCGAGGAUCGCAGUUUGCUGGACAGAUUUGAGCCCUCGCUGAAGAAACUGAAGACCAUCUACACGCAGGACGAAGUAUCGAAGAAUGAAAAGGAAGAUGAUUCGGGUAACGCUGAUGGCAACGAGGCCGAGAUGGCUCAGCACAUCAAGGAUUCCGAAAGAUUCGAUGAUUACACGCUGGACGCCGCGACGGAGGAUCAGGCCAAGCAACAAGCUUCCACGGAAAAAGAAGAAGAAAGUCAGGCGGAGAAAAAGGAUGACACCAUGGACGUGGAGAUGCACGAAGACGAGAAGAGCGAUAAGAUGGAUGAUAAAGUAAUCGAGCAGAAGCCCGAGAAGAUUUCGGAGGCUGUGGACAACAAACGCAAGAAGGAUUCCGAUGGGAAAAGGAACAACGCGGAGGACAGUCAGAUAGAGACAGUGGAGCUCGAAGGAGAAACAGUGGAAACUAUGCACGUGCAGAGAGGAAAUGAGUCUACAUUUCACACGAUGGAGAGGAACUUGGAAGAGAACGAUCCUGAUUCGAAUUAUGUGGAAAGGAAUCGAUUCGAGGUGGAAAAGAUGCUACGAGAAUGGACGCAGACGCCGUCCACGGAGGAAGCCGCUGCUGCGUGGAAUUGUCUGUGCUCGGUCACAGACGCUGCGGCUAGAGACUUGUCGGAGAAAUUAAGACUGAUUUUGGAGCCCACGCAGGCAUCGAGGCUGAAAGGCGAUUACAAGACGGGUAAACGCAUCAACAUGCGGAAGAUCAUUCCCUACAUAGCCAGCCAAUUUCGCAAGGAUAAGAUCUGGCUUAGGCGCACAAAGCCCUCCAAACGCGACUAUCAGAUUGUCCUCGCGCUGGACGACUCCCUCAGCAUGGCGGAUACUCAGUCCGCGGAAUUAACCUUCGAAUCUUUAUCGUUAAUUAGCAAAGCUAUGACGUAUCUGGAAGUGGGGCAAUUUAGUGUCGUAAACUUCGGAGAAGAUGUAAAGAUGCUGCAUCCUUUUGGGGAGGCUUUUACCGAACAAUCUGGAUCUAGGCUAAUACAAGAAAUGAGAUUUGAUCAAAGGAAGACGCGGGUCGAUCAAUUAGUCAAUUUUACAGUGGAUAUGUUUGAAGGUCAACAUACUACAUCCGAUAAUGCUAAGUUACUGGUAGUGCUGUCGGAUGGCAGAAAUAUAUUUGCAGAAGGAAUGACAAAAGUGAUUCGUGCCGUGAGAAGAGCUAGACUAGUGGAUAUCUUUUUAGUCUUUGUAAUAAUGGAUAAUCCAAAAAGUCAGUAUUCCAUACUGGAUGUUCGUACGCCUGUAUUUAAUGAAGAGGGAAAGUUCUUAGAACUUCGAUCAUAUAUGGAUUCUUUUCCAUUUCCAUUCUACAUAAUUCUUAGGGAUAUAAACACGUUACCAGGUGUUCUGAGCGAUGCUUUACGUCAAUGGUUUGAAGUUGUUGGAAAAAUUGAUACUUAAGUAGAAGUUCUAGAUGCAUAUUGUAAUGCACACUAGAAAAAUAAAUAAGAAUAGAAUGGAUGUUAUUUUUUACUAAUGAACAUAAUUGGCCAUUAAAAAGUUGUUUCAGAAAUUUAUAUGUAUUUAUUGUAUUCACGUAUUAAUUCUUAAUUAUU